UAGUGGCUGUUCUAUACGCUCGUCUGCAGAGCUUUUGGGGACGGGGGGUCCAGCCGAGCUGCUCGUGUCUGUGUGAGUGUUUUCUUGCACCCGAGACCACGACCAUGGCCAAGUUGAUCGAGUGCGUACCGAACUUCUCAGAGGGACGAAAUAAAGAGGUGAUCGAUGCCAUCGCUAAUGCCAUCUCGGCCACUGAAGGCUGCAGCCUGCUGGACGUGGAUCCUGGGUCGUCCACCAACAGGACGGUCUACACGUUCGUAGGCUCCCCGCAGGCUGUGGUGGAGGGGGCCCUGAACGCCGCCCGCACUGCCUUCACCAUCAUCGACAUGACCAAACACACAGGUGAGCAUCCUCGGACAGGCGCUAUGGACGUGUGUCCCUUCAUCCCCGUGCAGAACGCCAGCAUGGAGGACUGUGUGAAGUGCGCUAAUGAGUUUGGCCGGAGGCUGGCGGACCUGCUGCAAGUACCAGUGUAUCUCUACGGAGAAGCAGCAAGAACUGAGAGCAGAAGGUCUCUACCGUCUGUACGGGCCGGAGAAUAUGAAGCUUUACCAGAAAAGCUGAAGAAGAGUGAGUGGGCUCCAGAUUACGGUCCUGCUGCCUUCGUCCCUUCAUGGGGCGCCACUGUGACCGGCGCUCGAAAGUUCCUCAUUGCUUACAACGUGAACCUGCUGAGCACCAAAGAACAAGCGCACAGAAUCGCUCUGGACAUUCGAGAGCAGGGCAGAAGCAAAGAUCAGCCAGGCACUUUGAAGAUGGUGCAGGGGAUGGGCUGGUACCUGGACGAAUCUAACCUGGCGCAGGUGUCCACCAACAUCCUGGACUUUGAACAGACGCCUCUCCACAGUGUGUAUGAGGAGAUCUGCAGGGAUGCCAGGGAGCUGAAUCUGCCGGUGGUCGGCUCUCAGAUUGUGGGCCUCAUUCCCUUGAAAGCGGUGCUGGAUUGCGCCGACUACUACAUCCAGAGAGAUAAACUCUUUGUCGUCGAAGAGGAACACAAAGUUCGGCUGGUCAUCAGCAAACUGGGCUUGGACUCUCUGGGACCCUUCGCCCCUAAAGAGAGGAUCAUAGAGUACAUGGUGGAGUCCAGUCAGGACGAGGGAAGGCUGGUGUCUCUGUCCCUGCAGCAGUUUGUCCGCAGUGUUGGUGCCAGAACAGCGGCUCCUGGCGGAGGAUCUGUUUCUGCAGCCAUCGCUGCCAUGGGUGCGGCUCUGGGCUGUAUGGUGGGGCAGAUGACAUACGGAAAGCGUCAGUUCGAGGCUCUGGAUGGUGUAAUGAGGAAACUCAUCCCUCCAUUCCACCAGGCCAUGAACGACCUACUGCUGACUGUGGAUGCUGACAGCACCGCCUUCAACAGCUACAUGGCUGCCUUAAAAAUGCCCAAAAGCACACCGGAUGAAAUGAAAAGGAGGGAGGAGGCCAUGCAGGACGGACUGAAGAAAGCGGUGGGUGUUCCGCUGUCCCUGGCUGAGAAGGUGACCGCACUGUGGCCGGCGCUGAAGGAGAUUGUCUGUUACGGCAACGUGGCCUGCAAAUCAGACGCCCAGGUCGCGGCGAAAGCUCUGGAGACGGCUGUGUACGGCGCCUAUUACAACGUCAUCAUCAACCUAAAAGACAUCACUGACCAGUCCUUCAGGAGCACCGUGGAGGAGAAGGCGUCUGCACUUCUGAACGAGGCGAGAGAGAGUGUUGCGGCGGUGCUGGAGGCUGCAGACCGACGCCGCUGAGCACUCCUGCCUACAGCCGCCGAAUACCCAACAAUGAAUGCUACCUGGGGCAGAUCAGGGCACAAGCUUACACAAUCAUAGCAGUUUUUCAGCAAGAUUACUAAAGCUUUGCACGGCUGCACGCCUCGGCUACAAACAAGCACCGACUGGUAAUGAACAACAGCCAAAAGCAGGAAAGCACAAGCGCUACAACUCACACCGUGGAUGGAGUUCGCUGCAACCGUCCUCAUGCAAAUAACUCAUGUUUAAAUAUGGCAUUGUCAUUAUUGCAUAUCGCUAAAACUAUAAUAACUGUUCUUUUCUUUUGGUCCAUUUAUCCACGACAUUUACACACGACAUAAACGGCAACUCGCAGUUUCAAAUUGCAGCGAUAGUAAAGACCAAAACGGAGAUACGAGCAACAUAAUAACAGCUGGUGUCUAAUGGAGAGCAUAAUGGUGUCUAAUGGAGAGCAUAAUGGUGUUUAAUGGAGAGCACAUUGUCAUUUCGCUAAUAAAAGCAUAAAUCAUAAAA